GAGUUAAAGAGAGUUUCGAAAGCUGAAUCUGCCGUCAAUGUGAUGGCUUGACGUUGACAAAAAAAUCAAAAAGUCUUGUUGGGCUAGGCUGUGUAGUCGUGUUUGAGCUUGGUUGGAUUUUACCUUUGCGCGCUUCUUGUGCGGUUCUCUUUUCCACUUUCACACAAACUCCAUGUCCAGCCGUCGCUCAUCGUCAACAACGAUGGGCCCACCCGCUGAUGUCGUCAUGGGUCCGCCGCCCCCGCCGCCGUUGCAAGUCACCCAGCAGCCACCACCCGCUCCUCCAAAAGAAAAUCAAGAAUCCGUUUUGGAUAAAUAUCGAAAACUGAAACGAAAGUUUUUCGACUUGGAGGAUAAACAUAAGGAGGCGCAGCACGAGUUAAGACUCUCUGGGGAACGUAAUGUGAAACUUCGGGAGGAACGGGACAAGAUGCUCGACCGCAUUCGUGAACUUGAAACACACUCUGAGCCUAACGUCUCGGGUGUUCCUUAUCCGCCGUCCAGUGCCUUUCCUCGCUCCCUCUCAACCUUGAAAGCCCGUUCAUACUUCGUAUCCAACCUCCGGCAGGCAAUGGCGGAGGAGGAAACUGAUGAUCAUGAGCUUGAUCCACUACUUACUUCGCGGCAUGUCGGCCCGUUGGCUCGUAAGCGCGCAGAAGAUGAACAUCGAGACCGUGCCGAGGAGGAGGCUCGUGAAGCCCGUCGCCAACCAAAGCGACCUCGAGCUGCUGUUAAAGGGAAAGAGGCCAUGGGCCAGUCUCCCCAUGGGCAGCCCGCUAUGGGCGUGGUCCCUGCUCCAGAGGGAGGUGGCCCAGGAACCCCUGUUCUUGUCUCGACCAAAGGCACUCGUCUUCGCCUCAAGCCUCCUGUGCGGCCUUCGCCAAAUGACCUUAUCCCUUCAAGCAAUCCGGCACAUUCCCAAUCAUCACUUUCUCCGUUGUUAUCCCCUCGCGACGAGCAGCCUCAUUAUGACCCAGUACGUUUUAGUGCCAACGGUGGCGCACAGCACCCUGCCUUGGUUCCUGUCCCUGGAAAUACGCCUCCACUUGUCGGUCCGUCUCCUUCGUUACCUCCGCACAUGGGGCUUCCCCCUGCACCUAUGCCAUCGUCUCGCGCAACCGAGGUUCAGCGCCAUGCUAAGCCUAAACGUUUGAAGGCCCAUACUGUUACAACAAAGAGCUACAGCAUCCCUACCGUUCCACGUGAUAAACAAGGACGUCCAUUACUGCCACUCACUGUCGGCAUCAUGACAGUGAAUCAACUCGGAGAGGUGUGCAUGCGAGAGCACUUUCACACAGAGCGGUACAUCUUCCCUGUUGGAUAUGAGGUGACACGAAAAUACUCUUCGACGGUGGAUCCCACCGCAGACGCUGUGUACACUUGCUCAAUCCUCGAUGGCGGAGAUGGACCCAAGUUCAAGAUCGUCGCAUCUGAUGUCCCAGAUCGUCCUCAAAUUGCCGGCACUGCUACCGGUGCAUGGUCUACUAUUGUGAAGCAAGCCAAUAAUAUUCGCAAUCGCCAACACUCGAAUUCUGUCUCGGGGCCCGACUUCUUUGGGCUAGGACAGAACACAAUCAAGCACCUGAUCCAGGAGCUUCCAAAUGCUGAUCGCCUGCGCGAUUAUGUAUGGCAGAACUUUGUUGAGGGAGGACCUUUAGGCGGUAGACACGCGGCCGUCGUUCCUGCACUUCCAGAAGAUCAAUCUAGUGUUGCCGAUGGUCAUGCUGAAGAUAUCUCUUCCUACAUACACCCUCCCCCACAUCUGCAAUCGCAACCUUUCACGACUAUCGUUCUUCCCCCACCUCAAUCCGCCGACACUUUAAGUAUCCACGAGUACCGCCCUCCUUCACACAGGGAUGUUGAAGACAGGCGACACAGUGGCUCUCAUUCACAUAGCGCGCGUCAGCUCGCAAAUCAUUCGCCACCAAAUGUGACACCCACCUCACAAGCAUCACCUCCCCCACAGCAACAGCAAUCGCCAUAUCUUGCUGGUUCUAAUGCACCAUUGCCAGUGCCUCCGACAUUUGCAAGCAUAAUGAAUGCGUAUCCUGCUCCCUCAGCUGCAAGAGAGGAGCCUCAUUCGCGUCCUGGAUCCCGAGAUGAGAUCCCUUCAAACGGACCCUCAUUGCGGUCUCGUGAGCAGUGAUCUGUUCGCCUACAUCUACUAUGCAAGUGGAGUCCAUUAUAUUAUACUUCUUUUGGGUCUAUUCUGUGUUGAACGCUGUGUUAUUGAUUUCUCGUUUCUCACAUUAUCGUGGCUUUCUUGGCAUCUUAUUUCAGUUUUUUUUUUGGAUGGUUUUGUUUUUACAGAUAUUUCCUCUCCAAUCCCAAAAAAGUAACUUGCAGCUGGUGUGAUGGACUUGAUA